GCAAAAGAAGCACAGCGACUGUCUGCUUGGAGAAAUAUAUAAUAUUUGGCUAGGGAAAAAGAGGUCAUAUGCUGAGUUUCAUGCUUCCGUAAUGAAAGGAAUAGUACAAAACAAAAUAUCUUUCAUGACCCUCGAAGACAAGCCGUUGCAGUGGAAUGUUCCAGUUCUAACAAUAGUAGCAGAAGGUGACUUGGAUACAAUAGAAGCUGUUAACCACGUUUUGAAGCAAGAUUUGCCUAUACUGAUUAUAAAAGGUUCGGGAAAAGCAUCUGACUUUAUUGCUGAAUUCAUUGAAAACGAUACCAUUAAUAUAUCCGAAUAUAUCAAGUACAAAACACCACUGUUAUUUGGUAUUUCUUCUCAUGACCUUAUGACACGAGAAUUUAACAGCAAAGGUUCUGGUUCACCGAAGCAUCAACGAAAUGACCUUGAGUCAAACAUGAAAGCAAUACAACAAAAUAAAUGCUUGAUAACGAUUAUUGAUAUAAAUAAACAAACACAGCCAAAAGAGUUUACAGACGCAGUAACAGGAGCGAUCAUAAGCGGAUGGUCCCGAAACAAAUCUGACGAAGACAAUCAGAUUUAUAGCUUCUUAGAAAACCACCAAAAUAAACGAGUACAAAGCUAUUAUCAUGCUUGUAUCAAUGACGACCAAUUUUCGCUACCAGUUGAACCAAAUAUGAAAGAAAGAGACCACCCAACAGCCGUAUCUAUAAAUGCUAUGAUCGGAACAUUGCAAGCUGAUAAUCGGAAAUUUAUGGACUCCUAUAAGGAAAUACUGACUCCAUCCUCUUUACCACUGUAUUAUUACAUUGCAUACCAGUUUAUACAAGAAAUGCAAGGAGAGAAAAAGGUUAUAAUAGAGAAUUUCAAUAUGCUCUUGAAAGCAGCUAUUGUAGCUGACAGAGAUGAAUAUGUGUCGGUAUUAUUAGAAGAAGAAGGUGUAGAGUUUGCUGAUAAAUACUUUCCGGAUAUUUAUAUGGAAACGCUUCAAUCUCAACGAAAAGCAAAGACGGCACUUCGCAAUGUUUUUAAGUGGGGUACCUCUCCAGUUAUUGAGCAAUUUAAGGAGUUAUGCUUUCCCACAAAAGUAAAAAAGGACAAACAAGUUAAUGAACUCUCAACAAUUGAAGUGUGUAUGAUCGCAGGUCGACAGAUUUGUCAGGCUUUGUUGGGAUAUCCUAGAGAUAACUCUCUGAACAGAAAAGAAAAAUGGUCCGCAUAUCAAGAUCUUCUGAUAUGGGCAAUUUUUGUAAACAGACCAAAACUAGCCACAAUAUUCUGGAUGAAAUGCGAACAACCGCUAUUGUGCGCAUUAUUGGCCAGCAGUGUAUACAAAAGAAUGGCAGCCAGUGCUAAUGACCAGGCAACCAAGUCUGACAUGAUUGCUCAGUCUAGGCUCUUUGCAGAUAGAGCUUUGGAUUUGCAAUCGAGAUUGUAUGAUGAUGAUGCUGAGCUAGCAAUGGAUUUAGUUAUUACAGAACAGAUCGUUUGGGACAUCACUAUAAGUCCAAUGCAAUGUGCCUAUGAACAUGAUAUGCUAGACGUUCUUGCUCAAACGUGUCCUCAACGACGUUUAAAUAAAAUAUGGUAUAGCGGAAUAAGUUCUAGUCUUGGAGGUUUUUGGAAGAAAGGCUGUUUAAAAGCGUGGUGUUGUUGCUGUAAUGAAUGUUCACCGUGUGAAAGGCCAAAGCUUUUUGUCGCUCCUCUUACGAGAUUUUUGAUACAUUACGUAUUCUUUUUUGGUGCUUUGGUAUGUUACAGUACCUUCCUGCUACAAAUGGAUGUAUUCAAAGGAAUAGUCUCAAUUGGUUUCUACGAGAAAAUUAUCUAUUUGUAUCUAGUUGGAGACAUCCUCGAGGAGUACAGGAAUGCGAUUUCGAAAGAUGCUAGUUUUGUAACGAAGAUGAGUAAACCUACACAUGAGAACACAUUACGUCAUUCACGGUGGUAUAGAUUGAAGAAAUAUUUAUUCAAUUUCUGGAACAUUCUAGAUGUUCUUUCAUAUACGUUGACUAUCAUGGCUAUAUUUGUACGUUUGUUCAAGUCAACAAAAACAAACAAGACUUGCAGACGUUUUUUCAGCAUGAGUCUUUUUGCUAUGUACAUGAGAUUUCUUCAUGUUCUUUUGAUGUCAAGGAAACUUGGUCCAAAAAUCAUCAUGAUCAAAGAAAUGUUAAAGGAUCUCUUUCGUUUCAUUGGAAUUCUAUUUGUAUUUAUGAUUGGUGUUGGAGUACUGUAUCAUGCAAAUAUGUACCCAGAACACGAAGAUAUGUGGAGUUCAGUAAAUUGGAAGUACUGGAGAAUAUGGAAAAUCAUUAAUAUUCCAUACUGGCAAAUAUAUGGCGACGCUAUGUUAGAGAAGUUUGAAGAAAAAAGUAAUAUGCCAUGUACCACAAUACAGAGUGUAUGGGAGAAUAAUCCUGACAUGGAACGGUGCAAUGAGUAUGACUGGGUACUGACUGUGAUCGCUGCUUUGUAUAUGUUGAUUUCAAAUCUCCUCCUUGUCAAUCUCCUGAUAGCAGUGUUCAGCUAUCGAUUUGGACGGGUCCAGGAAAACUCAGAGAAAUUGUGGCGAUACAUGAGAUAUGAAGUCAUUAUGGAUUAUCGCACUAGAAUACCUGCUCCUCUUAACCUUGUGAUCAGACCAAUAUACAUCGCAUACAAGUGCAUCAUGUGCAUUAAAAAUCAAAUAAAGAAGGACAAAGAACAAGAUGAAAAAGCUGCCUCUUAUAAAAGAGAGUUAGAUAAGAUCAACACUCUCCAAUCUUUGAAUGCAAUUAAAUGCGUUCACAAUUUUUGAGAUGGUAAACAGAAGAAAAAUUAUAUGUAGUGUAUUGAAAAGAUCAUAACGAACUUAUAUGCAACAAAGAAUGUGGAAGAUACAGGAAAAACUAGAUAGAACGUGUACCAUUUAAUCAUUGAUGAGAAAGUGAAUAUAGUCAAUAUGAUAUACAUGUACAUAGCUUUACACAAUCUUGAAAUUGUUUUAGAUCACUUCGAGACAUUUUUCAAUUUGCCUUUAUGAAGUUUCAUAUACGAUUUGAAAUGUAUUUAUAUGAUGUUAAAGUUGCAAAUCUUUGUUAUAACGCUCCUAAAUCUUUGAGUAAUUGAGAGUUGAUUUCUCAUGUUUCAAUUGUACAUCUCCAUGCACAUUUUAUACUCAAAUUGCCCUUAUUUCUUAUCCAGAUAUUAUUCAUAUAAAUAAUCAUGAAGCAUAAAAACUUGUGAGCGAAUUGCGUUAAGAUAAAAACUGGCUAAGACAGAAAAUGCUUUAUUUAAAGGUAUGAUUGGAUAGGAAUUAUGACGCGAAACGACAAUGGUGAAAAAGAAAGUAUCGAAGGAAGUUAAAGAAAUAAAAAAAAAAAACAUUUGGCCAUAUUAACUUUUCAAUUUGAGCGUCACUGAUGACUCUUUUGUGGACGAAACGCGCGUCUGGCGUACACAAGUUUAAUCCUGGUAUCUAUGAUCAGUUUAUUUAUAUAAAUUAAUCACUGUUUACAUGCGGUUGUUUGUGUCAAAUCGUUAUACGAAUUGCCAAACUGAACAAUGUAAAAACGCAUAUUAAUAUUUCCGUGUACAGAAACGAUCGAUCGCCAAAGCUCGGAAAGAAUAAAUGAGAUGUUAUAGCUAUGAGUUACUUCCCUUUUCAAUUGUUAUAUAUUAAUGGCUUGUUUUUAAUUGCUUGCAAAUAUGUCAGUUUUCAUUUGCCAUUUUUAUAUUUCAUUUUCAAAUAUCGCAAAGGAACGACAUUUUUGCUUAGUAAUAUUUUUUCUUUGCUUGUAGCAUGUUGUAUGGUUCUUAUUUUUGUUGGCCAUUUUGAAAGAAUUUUGUGUGUAACUGUUCUUAUAAAUCCUUGGCUUUGAUUGUUCCUUGAGUGAAUGUAGAAAAUCGCAAUUGUAUUUAUUUAUAUUUCUUGUCAUUAAAAUUUCUGCUUGUA